AUGAAUCUAUUACAGAAAUCACUGGUACUUCUGAUCAAAAUGUAAAUCUCACUUUAAUAUUCAUCUAAUACCACUUAAUCAUGAGAUUUCAAAUUUUGAAAUAAUUAAAAUUAUAAAUUAGUAUAAAAAAAUUAUUUGAAGUAUAAAACCUAAAUUAUUAAAAGAUGAUUUUUGGAUUCGAUUAUUUUUUAUUUUAUAAGAAAAAUCGAAAAAAACAAUAAAAGAAUCGAAAUUAAUAUAUUAAGGAACCAAAGAUGGAUUGAAUAAGGAUUAAUUUUGGAUUAAAUGUAAUGGCAAAUGUAAUCUAAUUAUGAUAUUCUAAUCUUAAAGUGGGCAUAUCUUUGGUGGAUAUUCUCCAUGUAAAUGGUAACAGAAUCUUAAUAAUAAUGUUUAAGAUGAUACAUUAUCAUCAUUCAUCUUUUCCUAAACGCAUGAUUAAAUCUACUCUUUGAAAUUAGAGAACAAAUAAAAUGCAAUUUCGAGUUGGUCUUCACAUGGUCCUAGAUUUGGAGGCGGUUGUGAUCUAGCAAUAAAUUCGAAUGAUUUACAAGAUGGUUAUUCAAAACUGGGUCAUUCAUAUUAAUGGGAUAAAUAUUAGAAUUCUAGUUCUACUCAUUUAUUUGGAUAGGAUAAACCACAGAUAACAGAAUGCGAAAUAUUUGAAUUAAAUUUUUUAUGA